CAAGACAGACUGUACAGACAGACACUUAAGUCAGCAAAAAGUGGGGGGGGGGCCAGUUAACAUUGCUGGCCCCCCACCUCCGAAAGUGGGGGGGGGCAUAGCCCCCCGGCCCCCCCUGUUCCUACGCCUAUGGAGGAGGAAUGUUUAUAAUAUAUUUUUCACAAAUUUACCUUAUACGUUUACUUUUUCACAUGAAAAUUUACCUGCGGCUUCUAUCAGAUUUACCUACUGUUACUGCGCCGCUAACGUCACCACGUUUUAGCUCGUUUGUGGCGCAUACUAGCUGCUUACUAGUGCGUUUUUGUCAUCAACGGCCAUUGCUCUCUCACUUCUCAGAGCUUGAGGUCUCUGUCUGCCGGUGGAGGAAGGAGGAGCAGCGGUUGAAGUCCGGGGCCGGUGAUUUGUGAAUUUUAAGCAUCUUUUACUGACAUUGCAUGAGUACUAAAAUACAGAAACCAGUGAUUCAAGGUCAGCGCAUCAAGACCAGAAAAAGAGAUGAGAAGGUUAAGCACGACCCGGUGGCCUUCCGGGACAGCCUGCUGCGCGGCUUCGCCGAGUCCGGCGACGACCUAGACGCUCUCAGCAAGUACCUGGACACGGCCGGAAACAAGCUCGACUACAAACACUAUGGCGAAACGCUGUUCGACGUGCUCAUCGCGGGCGGCAUUCUCGCGCCUGGCGGCUCGCUGCUCCAGGAGGCCGACGAGGGCAAACCGUACCGCACCGAGCUCUGCGUGUUCGAGUCGGACAGCGAGCUGGCGGCGCUCACCAAGUGGGCACAGGUCUUCACCAAGCUGAUUCGACGCUACAAGUACCUAGAGAAAAUGUUCAAGGAGGAGAUCGGCAAGAUCAUCUCGUUCAUGCACGGCUUCAGCGAGCAGAACCGGACGCGCCUGUCGCGCAUGAUGGUACUGUGGAUAUCUGAUGGCCACCUGCCGCCCAGCGUGCUCCAACUGAUGCUCAAGGAACAUCUGAUCAAGGACAUGGUGGCGGCCAACUUCAUCGUGGAGUUUUUCUGCAGCUGGAUGAAGGCCAAGGACAUGUCGUCGCUGAAGGCCACCCUGAAAAAGGGUCAGCUGGAGAGUCGUCUGAUGGAGUUCCUGCCGGCAAACAAGCAAACUGAAGCAUACUUUACUGAGUUCUUCAAGGAGAAGGGCCUGUCGGAGAUCGUCACCUUCUGGAAGCAGCAGGCGGGCAAGGAGGCCAGGAAGGACUUGCAGACAAAGCUAGCCGACAUGUUGAACAACGACGAGCCGCGCGACGUGAUCAUCACCAACGUGCGCGAGCUCACUUCGAAGCUGCAGCUGGCCGACGCCGAGGUGGUGGCCAUCGUGUGGCCCACAGUCAUGUCCGUCGUGGAGUGGAAUAAGAAGGAGGAGCUGAUCGUCGACCAGGCCAUUCGCCACCUGCGCGAGUACGUGCCGCUAUUCAAGCAGUACACGGACAACUCGUCCCGCGCCCAGAUGACGCUCAUUCUGAAGGCACAAGAGUACUGCUACGAGAACAUGAACCUGAUGAAGACUUUCAGCAAGAUCGUCAUUCUCUUUUAUAAGGCGGACGUGCUGCACGAAGAGGUGAUUCUGCGCUGGUACAAGGACACCCAGGAGGGCAAGGCCAAGGGCAAGACAGUGUUCCUGGAGCAGAUGAAGGCCUUUGUCGACUGGCUGAAAAACGCCGAGGAGGAGGACUCUGACGAGGACGACUGAGCGGGCCGUCCCGGCGCCAUGGAGCGCCGUUCUGCUGCCGCCCAGCCGACAGACAGGGCGGGCCGUCCCGGCGCCAUGGAGCGCCGCUCUGCUGCCGCCCAGCCGACAGACAGGGCGGGCGCGCGCGCAAAUUCCGGCUGCCGCCGGGCCGGUGGUGCAUCCUAUUUCCGUUUCGGCCACGCGCUAUGAUUUGUAUUUUUAUAUACAGAUGCGGCCGGGAGGAGGCCGGUCAGCGGGCAGCUGCUGGCCUCCCCCCCCCCCCCCCUCCCCACAAAUUGACGGCACGGUUACCUGCACAGUAUCUGGCGACAAUACAGUGACUGCGCGCGGCAAA